CCCAACUUAAACACCAUCAGUCAAUCGCCAGCCACAGUUCGAUCAACAUUCAACCAAUCCAGAAACCAAAGAACCCUUCCCAAAAUGAUGAAGAUCACGAUCGCCGCCCUCGCUCUGCUAGCCGUCGCCGUUGCUGCUUACGAACAUGAGGACUAUCAUUCGCAUCCCAGCUACAAGUUCGAGUAUGGCGUAAAGGAUCCUCACACCGGAGACCACAAGAGCCAGUGGGAACAUCGGGACGGAGAUGUUGUCAAAGGACAGUACACGCUGGAUGAAGCCGACGGAACCAAGCGAGUGGUUGAGUACUCGUCCGACAAGCACAACGGCUUCCAGGCUCACGUCAAGCGAGUGGGCCAUGCUGACCAUCCGGCUGUCUAUGGACACCAUGAGGCUGGACAUUCGUACGGCCAUGGACACGCCAGCAGCUACGCUAAGCUCAACCAACAUCACUGAGGAAUCAGAGCAUUGUGAUCUAUAAUAAUCAUCUUGAAAUGUUAUUGUGAUCUUAUCUGUAUAAAUACAUUUCAUUUCAUAAGCUUUUCAAAACCAACUGACUCAAAUUACUGACACUCCGAAAUUGUUGUGGUAUUAGAUAAUUCUUCUAGUUAAAUAGAAUUUGCAACUGUUUAUAGAGUACAUAUUUCCAAAUUGAUCCGCAUGCUGUUUUGCUAAACUAUGCAAUUGUUUGUUCUGUUUUGAAACACCUGA